AUGCGGCUAGAUUUUGACCGGCCAAUCAGCAGCGACUUCGCUCAAUAUGACCCGAUCAACGACUUUGGGGGGCCAUGUUUCUAUCACGUCUUCAGUGAACUCAGUGAAACAACCUACCAUUCGAGAUCAGUUAUCGGCUCUCGCCUACUCCAGGCAAAAUGCGAAUUCAAUUUCUCUCACUUGAGUCCGGAAUGCAUAGAGCAACAUCUUUGUCUUCGCGACACACACUCCAGCCCCUUCAUUUCGGUGUUCAGUGACUUCGCUGAGGCGCUGCAAGAGGCGUACGACCUCCAUGUUCGAGGCCAUGACGCUAUCCAAGUGGUCCGGAUCCAAGCCUCAAAUCUUGUCACCACACUUGUAGGCACGUCGGGUGUUCACGGUACUCUGGUUCCACUUUGGCACGGUGUAAGGGGCAGCGAAGACCAGUGGCUCUGCAUGGCUGAUAUCGGGUCACUCCUUGAUAUUGAUCCAAGAUGCAUACGCCCAUCAGAAUGGCUGGCUUGUGGCUCAAUACCCAGGUCUCGAUACUUGGCUGCGUGGCCGGUUAUUGGCGGACGGAUUUACUUCGACGAAGGCAGCGACAAGGAUCUGGUUGAUCUCUUCAUGGACGUAUGUGGAUACGCGCCUGACUGUUUCCGCGAACAUAACGAUAUUCAACGAUAUGAGUAUGACUGGGACGAGGAAUGCUUCGUUAGAACUGAGCGUUGGCGUACAUCGAGUGCGUCGAUCCAAGAGACGGGUGUGGCAGGCGCAGGGCUGGGGCUGGGGCUUGCCGUAUCGCAUUUUGCGCGGCCGACGCCAUUUGGGUACGCUGGCUAUCUCCGCGGGAUGCUUGUGAUGGACUGA